GAUGCAGUUUUUUCCCUCUCCCUUUAGAAUGGGAUGUGUGCUGGAGUAACAAAGAGUAAUUGUUAUGCAGCGUGAGGGUCUUGAUUUCCAACAAGGAGUGGUCUGAAGAGGAGCAGACUGACCAGAAUAUACUAUAAAAGCAUUGAUCACUGGAAUUCUGAAGGCUGGAGACGGAGCAGAGAACACGCAGACUUCAUCAUGAACUUCCAGGGCAUAUUUUAUCAUCUCUGCUUCUUUCACACUGCUCUGAGCCUGCAGCAUGUGAGGUGGUGCACUAUUUCUGAGCAAGAACAGGACAAGUGUAAUGACAUGAGCGCAGCCUUCACUGAUGCCAACAUCCUUCCCAAUGUAUUGUGUGUUAGAGGCGGCUCAGCCAUUAACUGCACCCAUAUGAUCAAGAACAAUUUGGCAGAUGCGGUGACAUUGGAUGGUGGCACCAUUUAUCAAGCUGGAAAGGAACAUAAUCUGAAACCUGUGGUUGGAGAAGUAUAUGAUCAAGAAAUUGGCACUUCAUACUAUGCAGUGGCUGUUGUCAGAAAAAAUUCCUUCAUUAGCAUCAACAGUUUGAAGGGUGUAAAGUCAUGCCACACAGGCAUCAACAGAACAGUUGGCUGGAAUGUUCCUGUUGGCUACCUCAUUGAUAGUGGUCGCAUGUCAGUGAUGGGAUGCAGUGUUCCAAAAGCGGUUAGUGAAUAUUUCAGUGCAAGCUGUGUUCCUGGAGCCAAUAAUGUAAAUUACCCCAAAUCCCUCUGUCAGCUCUGUAAAGGGGACGCAUCUGGGCAGGACAAAUGUGAAAGAAAUUCAAAAGAGCAGUAUUAUGACUACAGCGGGGCUUUCAGGUGUUUGGCUGAAGGAGCUGGAGAUGUCGCCUUUGUGAAGCACAGCACAGUGUCUGAAAACACAGAUGGCCAGACUCCUUCCUCAUGGGCCCAAGAGCUUCACUCCAGGGACUUCCAGCUUCUCUGCCGCGAUGGCAGCACAGCUGAGGUUACAGACUGGAGGAAAUGCCACCUGGCCCGAGUUCCAGCUCACGCUGUUGUCGUCAGACCUGACACCGAUGGGUCACUCAUCUUCCAGAUGCUUAAGCAGGGGCAGCAAAGAUUUCAGAUGUUUGACUCUGCAGCUUACAAUGCAAAGAAUCUUCUCUUCAAAGACACCACCACAGAAUUGGUUCCAAUCACAAAUCAGAACUACCAGGCUUGGCUGGGUGAUGAAUAUAUGCAUGCCAUGCAAGGCUUGAGCUGCGAUCCCACCAGGUUACCAGAAAGCCUGCGAUGGUGCGUUGUGCUCACUGAGGAGAUCUGGAAAUGUAGUGAAAUGGCUGUUGCCUUUAAAAAAAAGAACUUGAAACCAGAGAUCCAGUGUGUUUCAGCCAAGACAACAGAACAGUGUAUGGAAAUGAUCCAGAAAAAAGAAAGUGAUGCUGUAAGUGUGGAUGGAGUUGAUAUUUACACAGCUGGAAACAUGUAUGGCCUAGUGCCAGCCGCUGGGGAAAGUUACUCUGCUGACGACAACAGCAACAUGUACUAUGCUGUGGCAUUAGUGAAACGGAACAAUUCCAAUGCUUUCACCAUCAAUGAUCUGAAAGGGAAAAAGUCCUGCCACACAGGAUAUGGGAGAAUGGCUGGAUGGAACAUCCCUAUUGGUGUUCUAAUUAAAAGGGGCUUUAUUAGGCCCAUGGACUGCAAUAUUCCUCAAGCUGUGAGUGACUUUUUCUCUGCUAGCUGUGUGCCUGCAGCCAAGAUGGACAAUUACCCAUCAAAACUCUGUGAGCUUUGCAUUGGCGAUAAUAGUGGAAACAAUAAAUGCGAUGCAAGUACCCAGGAACGUUAUUAUAGCUACAGUGGAGCCUUCAGGUGUCUGAUGGAGGAUUCUGGUGAUGUGGCCUUUGUCAAGCAUUCAACAGUUUUUGAGAACACCGAUGGUAACAAUGCUGAUUCCUGGGCUCUUCACCUGCAGUCCAGCGACUUCCAGUUACUGUGUCCAAAUGGAGCCCGUGCUGAAAUCACUCAGUUUGCUCAGUGUCACUUGGCUCAGGUGCCUGCCCAGGUUGUCAUGGUCCACCCAGACACCAACAUUUUUGCUGUAUAUGGACUACUGGACAAAGCUCAGGAUUUCUUUGGAAAUGACAGCAAUGGAAAUGGAUUCAAAAUGUUUGAUUCCUCAGAUUUCCUAGGAACAGAUUUAAUCUUUAAAGAUUCCACCGUUAAGAUUGUACCAGUAGGAGAGAAAACAACCUAUGCAGAAUGGCUGGGAAGUGAAUAUAUAGAUUCUCUUAAAGGGAUGCAAUCACCACAGUGCUCUGGGGCAGCUGCAAUAUCCAUGAACAUCAUUGUGCUGCCGGUGGCUAGUGUCCUUCUGAUUAGAUUCUACUCGUGAUCAUCAGGCCGUUCCUUGGAUUAACAGAUAUUCAGCAUAAUAAACUGAAAUACUGGUAAAUAAUAAUAUUAAUAAACGGAAAUAAAACUUAGAAAAUGAAUGAGAGACGCAUGUGGAGAGCAGCAGAAUUAUCCAGGCUAUUCCCUGAUGCUCUAUAUAUCCAUAAAGGUAAUGGGAGAUCUGGGAGGGUGGGAAACGGAUGUAGUUUACAGCCUCGUCCUUGCCGCCUUCCCUUUGCUUCCCUGCCUCUCUUACGGAUGCUGUUCCUAGCCAUGGCACUUCAAUGCCAAAGGAAAUAGGCUCCAAAUACAGUCCUGCUGUUGCAUGUCCCAAAAAUAAACUCUGAGGUGUCUGAUACUCACAACUAUGGAUAAUUUUUGGUCACGUUUUUUUUUUUAAAAAGGUGCCCUCAGAACUUAAUCCAAACUUUUUCAAGUUGUACAGUCAACAUUUCCUGAUGGAAGAGAUUAAAGGCCUAUCCCAGUGGCCUGGUAGCACUCUCCCAUUUGUCCUUCUCAUUGUCACAGGGGAGUCCCUGAAGUGGGCAUAAUUUCUGUCUAUGACAUUGAAUCACACACACCAUUUUUGUAUUGUUCUCUGAAGAACUAAAUUUCAGUUGAAAUACUUACCGAAUAGGAGCUUUAUGGAUAAGCAUCUUCUUUGUAAGGUUUCCUCUUCUCUUCUCACCAUCCCAUUACUUACUUACUUACUUGUAAUGUGGUUCAGGAUAAAUUCAGCUUACCUACUUCUCAUUUGGGGAAUGUGAAGUUUCAGUUAGAUUAGUGUAAUCCUUCUGUCCCUCUGAGUUGGCAGCAACAAGGGCCGCGUUCAGUAUGUAGGGGUUCCGUUUCAAUAACGCAAUGCAAAACCGGCUCGAGCCCCCACUCAGUGACCUGGGACAAUUACAUACCACCCCCCCGGGCACCUCUAGGAGGCAAUACUUCCCCUCUCGCAAGCACGGAGUCUGAGUGUAGCAAAAGCCUUUUAAUAAAGGAGGGAAACAAUGUGGCAUUAUGUUGGGGAAACACCACAAACAGGAUUCAUAACACAAACCAUGAGCAAAAGACCCACCUCCAAGUAAGUUUGGCAGUGUCCUUUUCCCCUCGGGGUCUUAAGUCCAAUCACCCCAAAGUCCAACAACCCAAAAGUCUCUGUCCCUGGUCAGUACCGCCCCAGAGAAUGGGGGGGGGCACACAGGGUGUUAAGGGGCACCCUUAUGUGGUCCGAGGCCGACUGCCCCACCUCUCCGUGGAGUUCUGCUGCAGCCUUCACCACAAACAGCUCCACUGUACCCUCCGCUCUGCUCCUCCAGCCGUCCCAUGAGCCACUCCAGCCGUUCCCGCAAACUGCUCUGCUCCACUCACUGUUCCGUGGGCCACUCCAACUGCCCCAAAAACUGCUCCGCUCUGCCAGCCACUCCACUCCACCAGCCGUCCUAUGAACCGCUCCAGCUGUCCCCAUAAAUCACUCUGCUCACUGUUCUGUGGGCCGCUCCAACCAUCCCACAAACUGCUCCACUCUCCCAGCCGCUUAGCAAUAGAUCUUCAGGCUCCCCCACUAGUUAACACAGCACUCAGUGAUCUCAGCUCAGUAAUUUUAACUCUUUUAGUGAUUUCAGCUUGUAGUAGGGGAGCCCCAGUGCUGGUGCACCAUUGGCUCAAAGUGAAUUCAGCUCAGCAGCCUCUAGCUAGACUCCUAAUAAAAUCAAAAUUAGCUCUGCUAUCCAACAGUGGAGAGAGGAGGCAGUGCAAUUGGUGUUCCAGACCCACAAAAGGCACCCAUAUCAUCAGAUACACAUCCUAAUCUCUCUCAAUUCACUGGGUUUUGGAACCCAUGUCCCUUGUCUAGCGAGUGCUACUUAGGUGAUGGUGAGACCCU